UUCUAUCCGUGUUUAUCUGCAGAAUCAAAACACAAUGGGCAAGAAGCUGAGCUCAGGACCGAACUGCCGGCUUCUCAGGCACAGCUAGGAUCGGCUGAGCACCGCAUGAAGGAGGCGCAGAACAAAGUUAAAUCCCUGGAGAAAGACAUCAGAGCAGGUCAGGACGAGAUGCUCAUCAUCCAGGCAUCAAUAACAGACGCCCGUAAUAAAAAUGAACAGCUGCGAGAGCUGUUAAUCCAGCAACAGUUGGUGAUUGAACAGACAGAUAGUGUGAUAUGUCAGGAAUGCAAGCUUUUGAAAGGACAGGCAAAGCAGGUGAACAAGGAGAUUUCAGCACAAGCAGAUGAAGUGAAAAAAUUGUUCUUGAACAUAGAUAAAAAAACUACUGAAUUGGCCCAGAUAAAAAAAAGAUUGCAAGAACUGCAAGAGGAUAAAAAUAUAUUCGAAGCACAACACGCACUUAACAAAGACUUGGAGCGUGCCCUUCAGGAGAGAUAAGAUUAUCAGCCCAUCAAACCAACACAUAAAUGAAAACGUGGAUUUAUCAGUUGUGAAAUUCUGUGAAAUUGGAUGGUGCUACUGAAAAACUUUCCUUCUUCUGUCUAAAAGUGUAUUUAGUUAUAAAAAAUUCAAUUUUUAUUACUAUCUUCAGGGAUAUUUAUUUAUAUUUGUCUGAGGCUUCAAAAUGCUUGCUGCCUCCAUCGUCAGAGCAGUGGGCCAUCCAGACCAAUUGGGGAACAGGAUGAAAUUGUAGAAUACAAAACUGUUCCUUGCUCCUUGACCUGGUUUCAAUGAAUUUGCAGGGCAUGCUGUUGUUGGAAAAGACCCACAGACUCGCUGUUGUGAAUGAACAGCAGGCUGCUGAUGCAGUUGAAUGUGGUGCUGACAGAGGGAAGGAAAAUGAUGGAGACGGGUUUCUCUAGUGGAUUGAGAACCUGUUGAAUCUGAUGCUGGCUGCAGCCAUUCUGUCUGAAAGUGGCCCCAAGAAACUCCACAUCGUCAUGUAGGGGUUCCCACAAGAUCACAAAUUCUACUGUAAACCGCCACAGAGUAAUCCCUAUCUCAGUUCCAACUCCCACUAUCUUUCCAAAAAAUAGAUUGUACUUUCCACAUUGGUGCACAUUGUGACCGGGAUAACCUGCAUGAGGAGCCGUACAUUCUCAGGGCCACUUUCAGGCAGAUUGGUUACGGUGACUAGUUGAUCUGAUGGGCUCUCGGCCAGUCGGAGAGGGUUGGCAUAGCCCCAGCUCUGGAGAAACCUGUUUCUGUUGCCUUCCUUCCCUUUAUCAGCAUGACCUUCAGCCAAAUCAGCAGGCUUCUGUCCAGGCAUAUCAAGUCUUGGUCCUUCCCCAAGGAAGAUUCCCAUUUCCUUUAUCCUUUGAAGGACAACUUAGGAUUCAUCCUCUGUCAUAUUCAAUCUCACUGCAGUAACAACCUGAAAUAUCACAAAUGUUCACUUUAAAUUACAUUUUAUGAAUCUCGGUAAGCAUCAGUGUAGUAAAGAUAACAUUAAUAUCAGUUCCAAGUGUAAAAUAAAUUGUCCAAAUUUAAUUGUUUCAACAUGGUGAUUAAACUGUGGGUUCUUGGUAAUGACA